ACUCGGCGCCGCGGCGGAUGCGGCGGCUGCGGGCAGCGCGGCGGCAGCGAAGAUGGUGGCGGCUCCGUGCGCCCGGCGGCUGGCGCGGCGUUCCCGCUCGGCGCUGGUGGCGGCGCUCACCGUGCUGCUGCUGCAGACCCUCCUCGUCUGGAAUUUCACCUCGCUGGACGCCGGCGAGGAGCAGCGCGGCGGCCGCGAGAAGCGGGACGGCGAGCAGCGGGCGCAGCGGCGCGGACGGGCGAUGGAUGGCUAUUUUUCCCACCGACCGAAAGAGAAAACGCGAACGGACAGCAAUAAUGAAAAUUCAGUCCCCAAGGACUUUGAAAAUAUUGAUAACAGUAACUUUGCUCCCAGGACUCAGAGGCAAAAACACCAGUCUGAGCUGGUGAAAAAACCCCUUAGCAAGCAAAAGGAGCACUUGCGAAAGAAACUGGAAGAGGAUAAGAUGAAGGAGAACUUACUGCUGGGGAAGAACUCCAAUGAGGUGGUGCAAUUCAGUGAUCACCCCAGAAAAAACAGCAGCAGCACCACCACCAACAAUGUGAAGGAGGUUCACUGGUCUCCCAGACAGCAUCAUUUAAAAAAAAGUGGAAACAGCUCCCCUGAACUGCGAUACGACCAACCGCCAAAGUGUGAAGUAACGGGCAAGGAGGCGAUCUCAGCCAUAUCCCGGGCUAAAUCGAAGCAGUGCCAGCAGGAGAUCGCAGAGGUGUACUGUCAGCACAAGCAUGGGAACCUGAUGCCGGAGAAGGUGACGCGUUUCUGUACACUGGAGGGAAAAGCCAACAACAAUGUACAGUGGGAUGAGGACUCCGUAGAAUACAUGCCAGCCAACCCAGUCAGGAUCGCAUUUGUCUUGGUUGUUCAUGGCAGAGCUUCUCGGCAGCUCCAACGCAUGUUUAAGGCUAUUUACCAUAAAGACCAUUUUUAUUACAUUCAUGUUGACAAGCGAUCCAAUUACUUGCACCGGCAAGUGCUCCAGUUUGCCAACCAGUACCCAAAUGUGAGAGUCACUUCUUGGAGAAUGGCAACUAUCUGGGGAGGAGCAAGUCUUCUGUCCACCUACCUGCAGACCAUGAGGGACUUAAUGGAGAUGAAUGACUGGCCGUGGGAUUUCUUCAUUAACCUCAGUGCUGCCGACUACCCCAUCAGGACCAAUGAUCAGCUAGUAGCAUUCCUGUCCAGAUAUCGUGAUAUGAACUUCUUGAAAUCACAUGGAAGGGACAACGCAAGAUUUAUCAGAAAACAAGGCCUGGAUCGGCUUUUCCUGGAAUGUGAUACCCACAUGUGGCGCCUCGGGGACCGGAGGAUCCCCGAAGGAAUCGCAGUUGAUGGAGGGUCGGACUGGUUUCUCCUGAACAGGAAGUUUGUGGAGUAUGUCACUUUUUCUAAUGAUGAUCUGGUGACAAAGAUGAAGAGGUUUUACUCUUACACGUUGCUUCCUGCUGAGUCCUUCUUUCACACUGUUUUGGAAAAUAGCCCGUACUGUGACUCCAUGGUGGACAACAACCUGCGCAUCACAAACUGGAACCGUAAACUGGGUUGCAAGUGUCAGUACAAGCACAUAGUUGACUGGUGUGGCUGUUCACCUAAUGACUUCAAACCAGCAGACUUCCACCGAUUCCAGCAGACUGCCAGGCCAACUUUCUUUGCCCGCAAAUUUGAAGCUGUAGUGAAUCAAGAGAUAAUUGGCCAGUUGGACUACUACUUGUAUGGCAACUACCCCUCUGGCACACCUGGCCUCCGGGCCUACUGGGAGAACGUGUACGAUGAGCCUGACGGCGUGCACACCCUCAGCGAUGUCGCCCUCACCAUGUACCACGCGUUCUCCCGCUUGGGCCUGCGGAGAGCUGAGACUUCGUUCCAUGCUGCUGGAGACAACAGCUGCCGAUACUACCCCAUGGGUCAUCCAAUUUCUGUCCACAUUUACUUCCUUGCUGACCGUUUCCAAGGCUUCCUGAUCAGACACCACGCAACCAACCUGGCUGUCAGUAAACUGGAAACUUUGGAGACAUGGGUGAUGCCAAAGAAAGUCUUUAAGAUUGCAAGUCCACCAAGUGAUUUUGGAAGGUUGCAGUUCUCAGAGAUUGGCACCGACUGGGACGCCAAGGAAAGGCUUUUCCGAAAUUUUGGAGGACUCCUCGGGCCAACAGAUGAGCCAAUUGGCAUGCAGAAAUGGGGGAAAGGCCCCAAUGUCACCGUUACUGUCAUUUGGGUGGAUCCUGUCAAUGUAAUUGCAGCAACAUAUGAUAUUCUUAUUGAAUCCAGUGCCGAAUUUACUCACUACAAACCACCGCUGAAUUUGCCCCUGCGACCUGGUGUCUGGACAAUAAAAAUUCUGCACCACUGGGUACAGGUAGCUGAAACCAAAUUCCUUGUUACUCCUCUCACCUUCUCUAAUCGUCAGCCUAUCAAACAAGAGGAAGCCUUGAAGUAUCACAGUGGGCCUCCAAAGAAUGCCUACAUGGAGCAGAGCUUCCAGGGCUUGAACCCCAUCCUGAAUAUCCCCAUCAGCGCCGCCCGUCUGGACCAGGCCAAGAGGAACGCGGGGCUCGUGGGCACACGACUGGAAGCCUGGGUGGACUCUCUGGUCAGCAGCGUCUGGUCAGCCGUGGACAUCUGCAGCACUGGCCCCACUGCCUGCCCCGUCAUGCAGGGCUGCGCUCAGACGGCGUGGAGCACCCUGAGCCCGGACCCCAAAUCUGAGCUGGGCCCCGUCAAACCCGACGGUCGCUUAAGGCUCCACUCGGAGCACGGACUUCUUAGAGCUGCUUCCAUGGAUACGAAGCAGAAAAACAGUUACUUUGUCCUACAAGUGAGGCGGUUGGUAUCUUUUGCACCAUCUUCAUGAUGUAUUGCAGGUUUGUCUCCUCGUGCUGCUUUUGAUGUGGGAUGCUAGAAAAAAAUCCUUGAUGACCUUCCAAAAAGUGUUUGACACCACCAGGAGUCUGCGUGACCUUUUCAUGCCCCCCAAGCAGUGCUGCAGGUUCUCUCGGCAGCCAGAACGGCUUUUGAUCUUGUGUUUUCUUUUCACCUGCUGUUCAGGAAUUCCACUUUUUUUUGGCACUUAGAUGCAAUGAGGUCUUUUUAAACAGAGGAGGGAACACAGUGCUAAUAUCUUAGUCCUGGCACGAAGAAAAUAUUUUCUGAGGAGGUGAAAAAGGGGGAGGAAAAAAAAGACUGCUCUCAGUUUUGAAGCCUCGCGUUAUUUAUAGCCAGUAGAGGUAGUAUGCUGCUUUUUUUUUUUUUUUUGCUGGCUUGUUCCUCAUCCAGCUGCUAAUACUUAUGGCAUAUGAAAAAAAAAAAAUGCUCAACCUUUGUUUUAAUUAUCUCCAAAUGUGUCAUUGGCCAUUACUUUAAAGAAAAGAAGAAAGAAAAAGCAUCAAACUACCAGGUGCUCAAGUGCUUGGGGUUUUUUUUUUGUGAGCUGCAGUUAGAAUCUGCCCAUGCUUUGAGGCUACACACAGGAAUCCCGACGCACCGAGGAGCGGCCUGAGCCAUCGACAGCAUCCCGCUGGCUUGAAAGCCUCUGCACCUCUGUCUGCUUGAGAUAGCGUCGUCAUAUUUUUUACAUCUGCCAUGCCUAAUCUGUCUCAAUCUUAAUUAAUUAUUUAUAGAGUGUAGAACGUGGUUAAUUCACAAUAACAACACAGAACUUACUGCAGAGCUGUUUACCACUAGGAGGGCGCAGUAAAACAAGUGUAACAGGAGUGAGGUAUUUAAUUGCUUUGACAACAGGAAUUUCAUUUCAGUACCCGGAUAUUUGACAUUUCUUCAUUACUAAAGAAUCUGUAGCCUAUUUUCUAAAUUCAGAAAAAUGUUAGUAAUCUGAGGCUUCACAAAUGCAAACAGCUGUAAAGCUUUGCUGUCCAUUAAUGCCUAAAAAGCAGAAGAUUCAUAAGCUUCUACCGUAGUUAAAAACCAGACACAGAUGGCAAUUUUUCAUGCUUCUCUUAAAAAUGCUCUUGGCUAUUCUGGUGCCAAAUCAGCAUUUCAGCGUGGUUCCUUCCCUCACCUGGCUGCCCUCGGCUGGAAGCCCUGGUUUGCUGUGAAACAGCGCACAGCUGAGACACCAAGUGCUGAUCCCACCCCGGUGAGGACGGUUGGAGCCUGGAGUCGGGGGGUGCUGGGGGGCACCGGCUUCAGACGCCGAGUUGCCUGGCAUCAAUUGCCAAACACUGGUUUGUUCUGGGCAGCUCUCCAUCAAAUGGGUAUCACGCUAGGAUCUUAAUAUUAUGGGCAAAGGAGUUUCAGGUUAAUUUAUUAAUAGUAUUAACAUGACCCAAAAGUAUCCUGCAUUUUGCAGAUUUAAACCUGAUACAGCCUCUAUCUGUGACCCUCUUCUGGAAAAGGCCAGACUGGACUUUUCAGCUUCAGGCGAAGCAUAAUGUAAAUGUACACAUUUGCUGUGCACCAGUAACUACCCUGUCCUGGGAAAGUUUUUGAAUCCACAGAGCCUAUGAGUUUAGAAUCGAAGCUGUCUGCUGCAGCAGCAUGAAAGAGCUGAUGCCGUGGCCCCUGCUGGGGCUUCUGACAGUCUGCUCAGAUGGAACUGAAAAGACGUUUGCAAUGAGGAGGAACAUGACAUGGGUUUCGAUGCCCAGACGCUUAAGGUGUAAAACAGACAUUUGUGCCUUAUCUGCCAAUGUAAGUUUUAAGAUGUAAAACACUUUUUCCUUCUCACCAUGAACCAUCCAUCAUGUUCUUCCGUGCUGGUUUCAGGCUGCCAGUGAUCGCUUCACCUCUGAAUUAAUACCUUCACCAAAACACUUUGCACAGCUCUCCAAAGCCCCCAGCUGCUCGGUGAGCUGCGUUGCUGCACCUGCAGCCCAGCGCAGUCCCUGCACAGGUCAUCUCGGACGCGGCAGCCACUGGCAGCCCCCAGGGCAGCAGCGGGGAGCGGCACCUCCCAGCCUCACUGGCCAAAUGGAAAUGUCCUGGAAUACUUGCCCACCAGCAGCACAGCGUUCCGGUAGUGGCAGCUCACAUGAACAGACCAUUUAUAAAAUAAACAUUUGGCUUCGGGGAGACACAGGACAAAUAUAAUGUGUGUAUAUGAAUAUACCGGUAAAUACAAAAAUAUG